ACAUCACUUAGGGAAAGAGGGGUUGGGCGUUGGGCUUGGUUGGAAGGCUUAGUUUGUUACCACCAACCCCGCCAGCUUGUCUUUGGCUGGGUCGGGUGCAACUUCCAUUUUAGGUGUUGGAUCUGAAAGAGGAGGCGAGGGGAAAAAAAGCCAGAAAGGAAGAAGUAGCAGUAGCAGUAGCAGAUCCCAGAGGGAGAAAGGAGGAGAAACAAACUUAUAGAUCUCGCGAGUGCAGCUCCUGAGAAGGGAGAAAGCCAGGCUCUCUUCCCUCCUGCUUCCUCACUGGUGGUGGCUGGGCUGCUUCUCCCAUGAUUUUUUUCGUCUAGACCUGGCUGUGCUGUGCCUUAGCCAAUCAAAUCCGACCUUCCUUCCUUACAGUGAGGGGCUCCUUUCCCCUCUUUCUCCCCACCCUCACCCAUCUGACCCUGGUUCUCUCACACACCCCGUGCCCUACACCCUCCCUCCCCCACUGCGUGGGGCCCUCAUCACCAUGGACGACUCGGAAGUGGAGUCAACUGCCAGCAUCCUGGCCUCCGUCAAGGAGCAGGAGGCGCAGUUUGAGAAGCUGACCCGAGCGCUGGAGGAGGAGCGGCGCCACGUCUCGGCGCAGCUGGAGCGCGUCCGGGUCUCCCCGCAGGACGCCAGCCAGACGAUGGCCAACGGCACCCUCACCCGCCGGCAUCAGAACGGCCGUUUCCUGGGCGAUGCUGACCUGGAGAGGCAGAAAUUUCCAGAUCUGAAACUCAACGGACCACCGGACCGCAGCCACCUCCUCUACAGCACGAUCCCCAGGAUGCAGGAUCCAGGCCAGAUUGUGGAGGAGACGUAUACCAUGGAGGAGGACCCAGAGGGCGCCAUGUCUGUUGUCUCAGUGGAGACAUCUGAUGAUGGGACCACCCGGCGCACAGAGACCACGGUGAAGAAGGUGGUGAAGACUGUGACCACGCGGACAGUACAGCAGGUCCCCGUUGGACCAGAUGGGUUGCCUGUGGAGGGUUCUCCUGUCUCCAAUAACUACAUCCAGACAGUGGACAGGAACUUCCGUAAAAAUGGCAAUGGGGGACCUGGGAGCUACAUGAGCCAGCCUGGCACCGCCACACUCCCCCGCAACUAUCACUACCCAGAUGGCUAUGGUCGUCCCUAUGAGGACGGCUACCCUGGCAGCGACCACAGCUAUGGCAGCCUGUCCCGUGUGACCCGUAUCGAUGAACGUUACCGCCCCGCCAUGGAUGGCUACCGGGCCCCGAGCCGUCAGGAUAUCUACGGUCCCCAGCCACAGGUGCGGGUAGGGGGGAGCAACGCGGACCUGAACCGCUUUCACCCAGAGCCGUAUGGGCUGGAAGACGACCAGCGCAGCAUUGGCUACGAAGACAUGGACUAUGGGAUGAUGCCAGACUAUGGCACUGCCAGGCGGGCAGGGACUCCCUCAGACCCCAGGCGGCGACUCAGGAGUUAUGAGGAUAUGCUGGUGGAUGAGGUGGCCCCUGAUCAGUACUACUGGGCCCCACUGGCCCAGCAUGAGCGCGGCAGCCUGGCGAGCCUGGACAGCCUGCGGAAGGGAGGGCCCCUGCCAGCCAACUGGCGCCAGCCAGAGCUGCCUGAGGUGAUUGCCAUGCUGAAUUUCCGUCUGGACGCGGUUAAAUCCAACGCGGCGGCUUACCUGCAGCACCUGUGCUACCGCAAUGACAAAGUGAAGACAGAGGUGCGAAAGCUGAAGGGCAUCCCGGUGCUGGUGGGGCUGCUGGACCACCCCAAGAAAGAGGUACACUAUGGGGCCUGUGGGGCCCUCAAGAACAUCUCCUUUGGUCGAGACCAGGACAACAAGAUUGCUAUCAAGAACUGCGAUGGUGUCCCUGCCCUGGUGCGGCUGCUGCGCAAGGCCCGUGACAUGGACCUCACUGAGGUCAUCACAGGGACGUUGUGGAAUCUCUCCUCUCAUGACUCUAUAAAGAUGGCCAUUGUGGACCACGCGCUGCAUGCUCUCACUGACGAGGUCAUCAUCCCAUGCUCCGGCUGGGAAAGAGAGCCCAACGAGGACUCCAAGCCGCGCCACAUAGAGUGGGGGUCGGUGCUCACCAACACCGCUGGCUGCCUUAGAAACGUGAGCUCUGAACGGAGCGAGGCUCGUCGGAAACUGCGUGAGUGCGAUGGUUUGGUGGAUGCCUUGAUAUACAUUGUCCAGUCGGAGAUUGGCCAGAAAGACUGCAACAGCAAGCUGGUCGAGAACUGUGUCUGCCUGCUGCGGAACCUAUCGUAUCAAGUCCACCGUGAGAUCCCGCAUGCCGAGCGCUACCAGGAGACGCCUCUUAACCCCGCCAACAAUGCUGGGCCCCACGCUGCCAGCUGCUUUGGUGCCAAGAAAGGCAAAGACGAGUGGUUCUCCAGAGGCAAAAAGCCUCUAGAAGAGCCUGGUGCUGAUACAGUGGACUUUCCCAAAAGAACAAGCCCUGCAAAAGGGUAUGAGCUCCUCUUCCAACCAGAAGUAGUCCGGAUAUAUAUCUCGCUGCUGAAGGAGAGCAAGACCCCUGCCAUCCUAGAGGCCUCAGCAGGAGCCAUCCAGAACCUGUGUGCUGGUCGCUGGACAUAUGGCCGGUACAUCCGUUCGGCUCUGCGCCAGGAAAAGGGGCUCUCUGCUGUCGCUGACCUCCUGACGCACGACAGUGAGCGGGUGGUGAAAGCAGCAUCUGGAGCCUUGCGUAACCUGGCAGUGGACUCUCGCAACAAAGAACUGAUAGGUAAACAUGCCAUCCCCAACCUAGUGAAGAACCUGCCAGGUGGGCAGCAGACCCCAGCCAAGAACCUGUCUGAGGACACAGUGGUGUCAAUCCUGAACACGAUCAACGAGGUCAUUGUGGACAAUCUAGAGGCCGCCAAAAAACUGCGUGAGACUCAAGGCAUUGAGAAGCUGGUGCUGAUCAACAAAUCUGGGAACAGAUCAGAGAGGGAAGUCCGAGCCGCUGCCCUUGUCUUGCAGACAAUUUGGGGGUAUAAAGAACUGCGGAAGCCACUGGAGAAAGAAGGAUGGAAGAAAUCUGACUUCCAGGUGAAUCUAAACAAUGCCUCUCGGAGCCAGGGAGGUAACUCGUUCGAUGACAGCACCUUGCCCCUCAUUGACAGGAACCAAAAAGCAGAUAAGAAAUCCUCCCGAGAGGAGAUCCAGAUGAGCAACAUGGGACCAGACAACAACUACACCACACUGGAGGAGAGAGACCACAAUAGGACCCUAGACAGGUCUGGAGACCUGAGCGAUGUGGAGCCGCUGAAGGGAGCACCGUUGAUGGAGGAUGAAAGGCAGAAAUCCCUGUAUGAGGAGGAUGACGACCUGUUGGCUUAUCCCCCUAUGCAGAAGAUCUAGUCUCCUCCCUGCCUCCGCUCAGUUUGGGUUUAUAGUAUGUUAUAUACAACUCUUUCUUUGUGGUGGAAUGGACUGAUUUUUACCUUACUUUUGCUGGACUCUUUGUGCCAACUACCCAGCCAAAUGAUUGGCCCUCUGCACCCCUUCUGCCUGGGGGUGGGGGACAUCCGGACAGGGCCCCCUCACUCCCUUCUGUAGACAGCUGCCCCUCGAUCCUUGGACGCCUUUUAUCUUUCCUUCCAAGAGCAACUCCUGCAGACCAAAUACUUCUGAGGGAUCUCACUGGAGCAACUAAGGCAGGCUCUUCAAGGAACUCCUCCUCUGACGCCUCAAUCUCCUGCUGCACUCACAGCGCAGGGUGGAUCUCAGUGGAGCCCUGUUAUACUGGGACUGCUUUUCCUUUAAGAGACAUCAGCUCUGCUCCUGGAGGCAGGGGUCAAAGCCCACGGCCGCCUCUUAGCCUAUAGAAUAUAUUUUUGUGUGUGAUCACUUUGCAACAAAGGAUGCUGGGAAUACGGGAACAUUCCAGGCAGUGGUGAUGGGAGGGGUCGGGACUGGCAGUUGCUGGAGGGGGAAAUCACAAUACUCCUGUCUCAUGAUUGAUUGAUUUGCAUUUGGAUGCCAGCUAGUUGUUGGGGAGGGGAGGUCUGUCCUGAGCAGACUUCUGUUUGGUUGGCCUAUCGCCUCUUAUACCGGGAAGGAGAGGUGUGUAAAUGGAUGUGCAAGGGUGGGGAUUGGAUCACUUUGCUUCCCACUCUCUAGUGGGGCCUGGGUGAGUGUUCAUCCGGAUGGGUUGUUCAGGAGCAGGUAUUUGAGAGAGGAGCCAGCUUGGGAGAAAGUGGCGAGGGAUGUGAGGGGAAAAGAUCCUGGUAUGUAGCAGGGGCAGAGCUGGCUCUCUGAUGGGAAAAAGAUGUCGGGUUUUUUUAAGAGAUGCACUGUUUCAUUAACUGUCCUAAGUCUGAGAGGUGCCAUGGCAUAGGGUAUGCAGGGAGGAGGGGGGUGAUGGGUUGAGAGGGGUGGUGAUAGGAAGCAAAAACUGGCUUGUAACUACUAUCCCCAUCCCAUAACACAUCGGGUGAAUGCAGCAGUGUCUGUCGGUCUCUCGACACGUGCCUUUCUUUGCCACUGUGAAACAGUUUCUUCCAAGUUGUAGGCUCUCUUGCCUGGUAGAGGAGGAGUGUGUUUUUGGAGUCAAGGAGUUGGGGAUCUCUGACAUAGACUAGCUUCUGCUCUCCUCUCCACUUGGGGUUCUGGCCUUACCUCCCCUGGACACAAGGGGUAGCUGGAUUCCCAGGAAUGUUUGGGUUGUGGGGAUAAGUAAGGCCUUCUCUGUCCUACCUAAAGCCUCAGUGGAGUGAGGUAGGGAAGGAAGAGCAUUGUCAACCUGCACAUAAUGGGAUUGCCUGCUGAGACUGGGAAGCUUCAGGGACUUGGAUGGGAACACCAAGUGGUCUUGGCUUUCCCACCCCAUUCAGCCAGGUGGAAGGGGAAACCAUGGGUGCUCUGAUGAAGGGGGUGUGUCUUUGCCUCCCCAUGGAAGACGUUCCUAGCCCCUCUUCUGCAUACAGUGCAACUGUAAGCCUCCCCUUAAGGCCGCAAACUGGACCUGGAUCGCUCUAGUUUUGUGUGUCAAAUGGGAUUCUCAUUUUCCCCCCACUGUGCAUGCACUACACAAGGGAGAAGGUCUGGGCUGGGAGAUCUGUGCCUCUCUAACCCCACCUUCGUCGCUUCCAGCCUCUUUCCUUUGGAAGGGACUGAAGUACAAAUCCGAGCUGUCUUUCUGGGGUCUAACUCGUAUGUAUGUAAAACACUAAUUCCUUUUUAAUUCCAGAUGAACCAAAAACUCCUCCUUUCCCCCACAGACUGCUUCAGCACCUGCAGCGGGGAACCAAUAACUGACUAUUUUGCUCUCUUCUGCACCCCUUGUUCUGGGGUGCGGGGAACCUGUUCUUUGUCUGAUUCCUGCGCGCGCUCUUGUAAUGCUUUUAAAACAAAAUGAUUUUUUAUAUAAAUAAAGUUUUUAAAGUGUG